AUGCUAUUAUCAUCAGUGGCGACCUUGCUCGUCCCUCUCCUUAGCUGGCUCAAUGGCAACCAGCCGCCGACCAACAUUCAUGGCAGUGUACAACCCCUGAACGAGCCCAGCACAAACUUGCAAUUCGAACUGCGACAUCUUCAUGCGGUAUCUCCAGAUGCGCGGGUUGUAUUCGCAGAUGCGCCUCCUCCUGCUCUUCAGACGCUCUCGGACCCAUCAGGGAGCACUAAGGCGUCAUACUCUGUCCGCUCAAAGAGGGCGAAGACGUAUCGCCCUUCUUCGUUUGUGGCACACACUCAGGCCCGGUUGCGAUCACUGUAUUUUGGAGAGAACGAACCGCUGGACUGGGACGAUGAAGAGAUAUUGCACCCAGAUGUAGAGAGUAGGGAAACGCUCCUCGAACUGGCCAAGAUGACGAACAACGCGUAUCUCGAGCCCAGCGACGCUGGUUGGUACGAUCUGGAUGAAAAGUGGAAUGUAUCCUUACCUUUUGGCUGGGAACCUGACGCCGAUGGUUUUCGUGGGCAUGUCUUCGCAACACCUGAUAACUCCACCGUCGUUAUUUCAAUUAAGGGAACUUCGGCUGGCUUGUUUGGCAGUGGAGGCCCAACGCAAAAGAAGGACAAAUUAAACGACAACCUUCUUUUUAGUUGCUGUUGUGCAAGGAUAGACUGGACGUGGAGUACAGUUUGUGGCUGCUAUCGUAAUGGCUGGAAGUGUGACCAAAAUUGUUUGGAGGAUGCUCUCAUCUCUGAAAGUCUAUUCUACCCCAUUGGAACGAAUCUCUAUAAUAACGUUUCGUAUGUAUUCCCGAACGCAAAUAUUUGGGUGAUUGGACACUCUUUAGGAGGAGCCUUAUCUAGUCUUAUCGGAAUUACUUUCGGGCUUCCGGUUGUAGCUUUCGAAGCUCCUGGAGAAAGACUGGCCGCCACGCGACUUCACUUGCCGUCUCCGGCGGAUACGCUAUGGAAACAGCGUAAGCGUUAUCUCAGUCAUAACAGUAAAACAUCUAAUGCACUCUCUGUUAGUUGUCAUGUUGGGAAAUCAAUUGUAUACGAUACUGUGUCUAACUCAUCAUGGUCCGUUGAUGUACGGACCCAUGGUAUUGUUACUGUGAUAGAUAAGGUCUUAUCGGAUCCCUGGCCACCAAGUGUAGAAAUCGGAAGAGAGGUUCCCGAAGCUGCUGCGGAGGUAGACUGUGUGGUAUGUUUCUUUCCAUAUCAUCAUCACGAAGAAUGA